AUGGACACACUGUACUACUGGAUUCUGCUCGCAUUGGUUUUACCCACGAACAACGUUGAGGCACAGGAUUUUAUUGCCUUCAUUCCUGAUACGGAGUACAUCUUUGAGAACAGGACCGAAAACUGUGUCACAUUGAUGCGGGCAGGAACUGCUAAUGGCGACAUCACAGUUUCCUACACUAUCGGAGGAAUAGGAAUCACAUCCCCUGAAGAUUUUGUGUCUGGGGAUUUCCAAAUACUUUAUCCUGCAGCUUUAAGCACAAUAAAAAUCAACGUAACAUUUAAUGAUAACACAGUCUGUAACACUGACCCUCGACUGAUAAAUGUGACCCUCACAAGCGUAGAUAAAGGAUCCCUAAUUACCACGCCUGUCAGCAAGUUUGUCCAGGUGCUCGAUGACGAUGGAGAUUUUAUUGCCUUCAUUCCUGAUACGGAGUACAUCUUUGAGAACAGGACCGAAAACUGUGUCACAUUGAUGCGGGCAGGAACUGCGAAUGGCGAUAUCACAGUUUCCUACACCAUCGGAGGAAUAGGAAUCACAUCCCCUGAAGAUUUUGUGUCUGGGGAUUUCCAAAUACUUUAUCCUCCAGUUUCAAGCACAAUAAAAAUCAACGUAACAUUUAAUGAUAACACAGUCUGUAACACUGACCCUCGACUGAUAAAUGUGACCCUCACAAGCGUAGAUAAAGGAUCCCUAAUUACCACGCCUGUCAGCAAGUUUGUCCAGGUGCUCGAUGACGAUGGAGAUUUUAUUGCCUUCAUUCCUGAUACGGAGUACAUCUUUGAGAACAGGACCGAAAACUGUGUCACAUUGAUGCGGUCAGGAACUGCGAAUGGCGAUAUCACAGUUUCCUACACCAUCGGAGGAAUAGGAAUCACAUCCCCUGAAGAUUUUAUCUGUAACACUGAAUCACGACUGAUAAAUGUGACCCUCACAAGUGUUGAUAAAGGAUCUUUAGUUACCACGCCUGUCAGCAAGUUUGUCCAGGUGCUCGAUGACGAUGGUGAUUUUAUUGCCUUCAUUCCUGAUACGGAGUACACCUUUGAGAACAGGACCGAAAAUUGUGUCACAUUGAUGCGGUCAGGAACUGCGAAUGGCGAUAUCACAGUUUCCUACACCAUCGGAGGAAUAGGAAUCACAUCCCCUGAAGAUUUUGUGUCUGGGGAUUUCCAAAUAGUUUAUCCUCCAGCUUCAAGCACAAUAAAAAUCAACGUAACAUUUAAUGAUAACACAAUCUGUAACACUGAAUCACGACUGAUAAAUGUGACCCUCACAAGUGUUGAUAAAGGAUCUUUAGUUACCACGCCUGUCAGCAAGUUUGUCCAGGUGCUCGAUGACGAUGGUGAUUUUAUUGCCUUCAUUCCUGAUACGGAGUACAUCUUUGAGAACAGGACCGAAAACUGUGUCACAUUGAUGCGGGCAGGAACUGCGAAUGGCGAUAUCACAGUUUCCUACACCAUCGGAGGAAUAGGAAUCACAUCCCCUGAAGAUUUUGUGUCUGGGGAUUUCCAAAUAGUUUAUCCUCCAGCUUCAAGCACAAUAAAAAUCAACGUAACAUUUAAUGAUAACACAAUCUGUAACACUGAAUCACGACUGAUAAAUGUGACCCUCACAAGUGUUGAUAAAGGAUCUUUAGUUACCACGCCUGUCAGCAAGUUUGUCCAGGUGCUCGAUGACGAUGGUGAUUUUAUUGCCUUCAUUCCUGAUAAGGAGUACAUCUUUGAGAACAGGACCGAAAACUGUGUCACAUUGAUGCGGGCAGGAACUGCGAAUGGCGAUAUCACAGUUUCCUACACCAUCGGAGGAAUAGGAAUCACAUCCCCUGAAGAUUUUGUGUCUGGGGAUUUCCAAAUAGUUUAUCCUCCAGCUUCAAGCACAAUAAAAAUCAACGUAACAUUUAAUGAUAACACAAUCUGUAACACUGAAUCACGACUGAUAAAUGUGACCCUCACAAGUGUUGAUAAAGGAUCUUUAGUUACCACGCCUGUCAGCAAGUUUGUCCAGGUGCUCGAUGACGAUGGUGAUUUUAUUGCCUUCAUUCCUGAUACGGAGUACAUCUUUGAGAACAGGACCGAAAACUGUGUCACAUUGAUGCGGGCAGGAACUGCGAAUGGCGAUAUCACAGUUUCCUACACCAUCGGAGGAAUAGGAAUCACAUCCCCUGAAGAUUUUGUGUCUGGGGAUUUCCAAAUAGUUUAUCCUCCAGCUUCAAGCACAAUAAAAAUCAACGUAACAUUUAAUGAUAACACAAUCUGUAACACUGAAUCACGACUGAUAAAUGUGACCCUCACAAGUGUUGAUAAAGGAUCUUUAGUUACCACGCCUGUCAGCAAGUUUGUCCAGGUGCUCGAUGACGAUGGUGAUUUUAUUGCCUUCAUUCCUGAUACGGAGUACAUCUUUGAGAACAGGACCGAAAACUGUGUCACAUUGAUGCGUGCAGGAACUGCGAAUGGCGAUAUCACAGUUUCCUACACCAUCGGAGGAAUAGGAAUCACAUCCCCUGAAGAUUUUGUGUCUGGGGAUUUCCAAAUAGUUUAUCCUCCAGCUUCAAGCACAAUAAAAAUCAACGUAACAUUUAAUGAUAACACAAUCUGUAACACUGAAUCACGACUGAUAAAUGUGACCCUCACAAGUGUUGAUAAAGGAUCUUUAGUUACCACGCCUGUCAGCAAGUUUGUCCAGGUGCUCGAUGACGAUGGUGAUUUUAUUGCCUUCAUUCCUGAUACGGAGUACAUCUUUGAGAACAGGACCGAAAACUGUGUCACAUUGAUGCGGGCAGGAACUGCGAAUGGCGAUAUCACAGUUUCCUACACCAUCGGAGGAAUAGGAAUCACAUCCCCUGAAGAUUUUGUGUCUGGGGAUUUCCAAAUAGUUUAUCCUCCAGCUUCAAGCACAAUAAAAAUCAACGUAACAUUUAAUGAUAACACAAUCUGUAACACUGAAUCACGACUGAUAAAUGUGACCCUCACAAGUGUUGAUAAAGGAUCUUUAGUUACCACGCCUGUCAGCAAGUUUGUCCAGGUGCUCGAUGACGAUGGUGAUUUUAUUGCCUUCAUUCCUGAUACGGAGUACAUCUUUGAGAACAGGACCGAAAACUGUGUCACAUUGAUGCGGGCAGGAACUGCGAAUGGCGAUAUCACAGUUUCCUACACCAUCGGAGGAAUAGGAAUCACAUCCCCUGAAGAUUUUGUGUCUGGGGAUUUCCAAAUAGUUUAUCCUCCAGCUUCAAGCACAAUAAAAAUCAACGUAACAUUUAAUGAUAACACAGACAUCAGUACCAACCACAACACCCUCACUUACCACAACUUCCAUAUCGAUAACAUCUGUAACACCUUCACCAACCACAACAACGACGUCAAUACCAACCACAACACCAUCACAAACCACAACUACGGCAUCAGUAACACCCCCAACACCUUCAUCAAUCACAACUACAUCAUUGCAAACCACAACACCCUCACUUACCGCAACUACGACAUCGAUAACAACUACAACACCUUCCCCAACCACAACUACGACAUCAAUACCAACACCAACACCAUCACAAACCACAACUACGAUGGCAAUACCGACCACAACACCAUCACAAACCACACCUACGACAUCAGUACCAACCACAACACCAUCACAAACCACAACUACGAUGGCAUUACAGACUACAACACCAUCACAAACCACACCAACGACAUCAGUACCGACCACAACACCAUCACAAACCACAACAACGACAUCAUACCAACCAAAACACCAUCACAAACCACAACUACGAUGGCAAUACCGACCACAACUCCAUCACAAACCACAACUACGACAUCAGAACCAACCACAACACCAUCACAAACUACAACUACGAUGGCAAUACCGACCACAACACCAUCACAAACCACAACUACGACAUCAGUACCAACCACAACACCCUCAUUUACCACAACUACGACAUCGAUAACAACUACAACACCUUCCCCAACCACAACUACGACAUCAAUACAAACCACAACACCAUCACAAACCACACCUACGACAUCAGAACCAACCACAACACCAUCACAAACCACAACUACGAUGGCAAUACCGACUACAACACCAUCACAAACCACAACAACGACAUCAGUACCAACCACAACACCCUCAUUUACCACAACUACGACAUCGAUAACAACUACAACACCUUCACCAACCACAACUACGACAUCAAUACCAACCACAACACCAUCACAAACCCCAACUACGACAUCAGUACCAACCACAACACCAUCACAAACCACAACUACGAUGGCAAUACCGACCACAACACCAUCACAAACCACAACUACGACAUCAGUACCAACCACAACACCCUCAUUUACCACAACUUCGCCAUCGAUACCAACCACAACACCUUCACCAACCACAACUACGACAUCACUACCAACCACAACACCAUCACCAACCACAACUACGACAUCAGUACCAACCACAACACCAUCACAAACCACACCUACGACAUCAAAUACCGACCACAACACCAUCACAAACCACAACUACGACAUCAGUACCAACUACAACACCAUCACAAACCACAACUACGACAUCAGUACCAACCACAACACCAUCACAAACCAUAACUACGAUGGCAAUACCGACCACAACACCAUCACAAACCACAACUACGACAUCAAUACCAACCACAACACCAUCACAAACCACACCUACGACAUCAGUACCAACCACGACACCAUCACAAACCACAACUACGACAUCAGUACCAACCACAGCACCAUCACAAACCACAACUACGACAUCAAUACCAACCACAGCACCAUCACAAACAACAACUACGAUGGCAAUACCGACCACAACACCAUCACAAACCACAACUACGACAUCAGUACCAACCACAACACCAUCACAAACCACAACUACGACAUCAAUACCAACCACAGCACCAUCACAAACCACAACUACGAUGGCAAUACCGACCACAACACCAUCACAAACCACAACUACGACAUCAGUACCAACCACAACACCAUCACAAACCACAACUACGACAUCAAUACCAACCACAACACCAUCACAAACCACAACUACGAUGGCAAUACCGACCACAACACCAUCACAAACCACACCUACGACAUCAGUACCAACCACAACACCAUCACAAACCACAACUACGACAUCAGUACCAACCACAACACCAUCACAAACCACAACUACGAUGGCAAUACCGACCACAACACCAUCACAAACCACAACAACGACAUCAGUACCAACCACAACACCAUCACAAACCACACCUACGACAUCAGUACCAACCACAACACCAUCACAAACCACAACUACGACAUCAAUACCAACCACAACACCAUCACAAACCACAACUACGAUGGCAAUACCGACCACAACACCAUCACAAACCACACCUACGACAUCAGUACCAACCACAACACCAUCACAAACCACAACUACGACAUCAGUACCAACCACAACACCAUCACAAACCACAACUACGAUGGCAAUACCGACCACAACACCAUCACAAACCACAACAACGACAUCAGUACCAACCACAACACCAUCACAAACCACACCUACGACAUCAGUACCAACCACAACACCAUCACAAACCACAACUACGAUGGCAAUACCGACCACAACACCAUCACAAACCACAACUACGACAUCAGUACCAACCACAGCACCAUCACAAACCACAACAACGACAUCAGUACCAACCACAACACCAUCACAAACCACAUCUACGACAUCAAUACCAACCACAACACCAUCACAAACCACAACUACGACAUCAGUUACAACCACAACACCAUCACAAACCAUAACUACGACGGCAAUACCGACCACAACACCAUCACAAACCACAACAACUACAUUAAUACCAACCACAACACCAUCACAAACCACAACUACGACAACAGCACCAACCACUACACCAUCACAAACCUCAACUACGACAUCAAUAUCGACCACAACACCAUCACAAACAACAACUACGAUGGCAAUACCAACCACAACACCAUCACAAACCACAACUACGACAUCAGUUCCAACCACAACACCCUCAUUUACCACAACUUCGCCAUCGAUACCAACGGCAACACCUUCAUCAACCACAACUAA